UCAGACGAGCAAGAGAGAGAAACCUCUCGCGAACCACGAAUGGCGUCUCUACGGGCAACGCUGCGAGGUCUCGGCGUCUCUCGGCGCGCCGUGUUUCUCAGGGGCAUAACGUCGAACACCUGCCGUGCAUUCUCCACUGGCUUAUCCCCUCCUUCCAAGGGCUUCGUUUACGAGCAGCAUGGGCCCCCGGAUCAAGUCCUCAGGAUGGUUGAACUCCCGCCUGUCCCAGUGAAAGAGAAUGAUGUGUGUGUUAAAAUGCUUGCUGCUCCUAUCAAUCCCUCUGAUAUCAAUCGGAUUGAAGGUGUUUACCCUAUAAGACCUCAAGUCCCAGCAGUUGGAGGUAGUGAGGGUGUGGGGGAGGUGCAUGCUGUGGGCUCUGCAGUAACAUCUCUCUCCGUGGGGGAUCGGGUCAUACCUUGUCCUACAACUUUCGGGACAUGGCAAACUUAUGUUGUAAAAGAGGAGGACGUCUGGCACAAAGUUAGUAAGAAUGUUCCUAUUGAAUAUGCUGCAACAGUAACUGUAAAUCCUAUGACGGCUUUGCGAAUGAUGGAAGACUUUGUUGAACUGAACCCUGGUGAUGCCAUUGUGCAAAAUGGCUCUUCUAGUAUGGUUGGACAGUGCAUUGUUCAACUUGCCAGAAUUCGUGGUGUUCAGAGCAUAAACUUGAUUCGAGAAAGACCUGGGUCAGAAGAGUUAAAAGAAAAACUGAAGAAACUUGGUGCAAAUGAAGUUUUCACAGAAAACCAAUUGGAAAUAAAGAAUGUCAAGAGUCUUCUGAACAAUAUACAAGAACCUGCUCUUGGAUUCAAUUGUGUUGGAGGAAAUGCUGCUUCUUUGGUCCUCAAGUUCUUGAGGCAGGGUGGCACAAUGGUAACCUAUGGUGGUAUGGCAAAGAAACCUAUCACAGUCUCCACAUCAUCGUUCAUAUUCAAGGACCUCUCCCUGCGGGGAUUCUGGCUACAAAAAUGGAUGAACACAGAGAAAGCACAAGAUUGCAGAGCUAUGGCCAAUCAACUCCUCAGCUUUGUCGAACAAGGAGAAUUAAAAUACGAGAUGGAGCUAGUUCCGUUCAUCGAAUUCGACACAGCACUGAACAAUGCACUGGGCAAAUCAGGAAGUCGUCCAAAACAGGUCCUCACAUUCUAGUAAGAUGUUUUGAAAUGCUAUUUGUAUCUCAUCUCAUGCACACUUGUUUUUUCCCUUGUAUCAUAUCCAUGUAUGUGUGUGUAUUAAUGAAAUUUAAAAA